AUGUUGCGUUCUCCUCAAGAAAAAGGUGCUGGGGAUAGACUUGGUAGGUCUCUGAUUGAUAUUGAAGAUCCCUGUGAGGUGUCACAAGAUAAUAUACGUAAUCCGUAUGACAGGUCUGAAAUUUGUGCUACUUCGGUAAAAUUACCACAAUUUUGGUCUAACUGUCCUGAAGCAUGGUUCGUGCAUGCCGAGAUGCAAUUUGCUACAAAGGGAAUUAGUAGGGAUUCGACCAAGUACGAGUUCGUUAUAACUGCCUUGCCUCAAGAAGUUAUUGCGAAUGUACUUGAUGUUAUACAAAAAAAAGUUCUCAUUGACCGACAUUCUUUAAGCGAGCAGAGAAGACUUGAUAAAAUUUUGUCAGAUACUGAGAUAGGGGAUCGCAAACCUUCCGAGUAUUAUAGGACCCUUGGUCAGUUAGCGGGUAGCACUAUAGACCCGAUUUUCUUAAAAAAUAUUUGGUUGCGGAAACUACCUAAAAGUUUGUAUGUUGCAUUAACCAGCGCUAAUUUAAAUAAUAUUAAUGAUCUCUUGCAACUCGCUGAUAAAAUUUGGGAAAUUACCAGUGGUAGUGAAAUUUGUGCUGUUAAAAGUAAAGUACUUACUUCUUCAAAUAAUUUUGAUGACUUAGGGAAAAUUGUGGAAGAUUUAGCGAAGGUUACGACGAAAAUGUGUGAAAGUUUUAAUCGUUUGCAGUUGGACAUUAAUGAGAUUAAAACGCAAAUAUAUGAUAGACCAUCACGAUCAAGAAGGAGGUAUUUUAGUAAUAAUAAAAAUUCCCAGUCACGUAGUAAGUCUCAAUCUAAAAAUUGGGUCUGUCGGUACCAUUUCCGUUUUGGUAGUAAAGCACGUAAGUGUGAAGAACCGUGUGCCUUUAAAAGAAAUAAUUUUGACUCGACAAACUAGGACAUGCUGUUGUUGCAGCGACUAACAAUGGCAAUUUGAAAUUUUCAACACGUCGCUUAUUUGUAUUAGACAAAGAAAGUAAGCUUAAAUUUUUAAUAGACAGUGGUGCCGAAAUUUCAGUUCUUCCUUCCUCCAAAUUCAAAAUUCACAAACGAUCUUCCGACAUUAUUUUA